CUCUCACAGCCACCACGAACGUUCGUUUCAAAGCCAAUCCCCGCAAAGUUCAUUUGGGAAGUGGGGCGCGAAAGUUUUGGCGGAGCGUGGAUCGGCAUUACGCAUUCUUGGAGACUGUCUUUUCCUCUGCCCUACUCUCUCUUCGGACCCACUGUAAACAAGCGAGAUGAAAUUCGGUCGCAAAAUCUCGACUGAUCUGUACAAUGAGUGGAGACCAUUCUAUCUGGACUAUAAUCAUUUGAAGCGCCAGCUCAAGGCCAGGACGACAGGACGGCGGUGGAACGCCAAUGACGAGAAAGUUUUCACGAGCCAGCUCGAGAAGGAGCUGGACAAGAUCCACGAUUUUCAAAAAGCGAAGACCUCGGAGCUGUCUCAGCGGAUCCGAGACGCGGAGCGUGACGUCAAACGUCUGGUGACCGAAGAAGCGGAAGACACGCCUGAGUCCCGGCUCCGGCGCCGUGCCCAGCGGCCGCUGUCGGAGUCGAACGCCGACGAGGAGGAACAGCUACAGGACGAUUACGCGCUCGACGCUGGGUCGGACGAUGACAGUGAUGACGACGAUGAGGACGCGGAGAGCUUCGAUGCGUUGGAGGAGCGGUUCCACGCGCUCGAGGAGGAGGUCGCCAACUUGGUCGCGGAUGUUCACGAUCUGGCAUUGUACACCAAGCUCAAUAUCACCGGUUUCAUGAAGAUUCUUAAGAAACAUGAUAAAGUAACGAAUAUGCCGCUCAAGCCGACCUUCGUGCAGGACUAUCUCGAGAAACGGCCGUUCUACAAGUACAAUUGGGACGCGCUGAUCGUCAAGCUGUCCAAGUUGUACGACCUGGUCCGCACUAGAGGUCAUCCUGUGCAGGGCGACUCAAGCGCCGGCGGUAACCAGAGUGCUUUUGUGCGCCAAACCACCAAAUACUGGGUUCAUCCGGACAAUCUCGUCCCGCUGAAGCUGGCCAUUUUGCGUCAUCUGCCUGUGUUGGUCUUCAAUGCCGAGAAAGAAUUCGAGGUCAAGGACGCUGCUAUCACAUCAAUCUACUUUGACAACGAGGAUCUGGAACUGUAUCUCGGCCGUCUGGAGAAAACUGAGGGCGCAGAGGCUAUCCGGUUGAGGUGGUAUGGCGAUAUGGACACCAAGACGAUCUUUGUCGAACGCAAAACUCACAGGGAGGAUUGGACGGGUGAGAAAUCCGUCAAAGCGCGUUUUCCGAUCAAGGAGCACCUUGUCAACGCUUUCCUCCGCGGUGAAUACACAGUCGAUGCCGAGUUCCAGGAGCUCGUGAAAAAGGGCAAGAAGACGCAGCAGGAGGUCGACUCGAUGAUUCAACUGGCCAACGAGGUCCAAUAUGCUGUGCUUACUCGGAAGCUGCAACCAGUGAUGCGAUCGUUCUACAAUCGGACGGCGUUCCAGUUGCCAGGCGAUGCCCGCGUGCGGAUCUCUCUGGACACGGAGCUGACGAUGGUGCGAGAGGACAACUGGGACGGUCGGACGCGUGCUGGAGACAACUGGCGACGAACGGACAUCGGCAUCGACUAUCCCUUCGAGCAGCUGCAAGCAGACGACAAGGAGCUUUUCAAGUACGGUGUUCUUGAAGUCAAGCUGCAAACGCAAUUUGGCCAAGAACCGCCAGAAUGGGUUAUGGAGCUGGUGCAGUCUCAUCUCGUCGAGGCUGUCCCUAAGUUCAGCAAAUUUAUCCACGGCUGUGCCACACUGCUACCCAAUCGAGUGGAUCUGGUGCCGUUUUGGCUUCCGCAGAUGGACACCGACAUCCUCAAGCCGGAUAUGGGAUAUCUUGCUGUGAUCGAGCGGCCUGCACAGCCGUCCACGUUAUCUUCGACGAGGCAGGGAUCAGAUCACGAGGCGAGCGGGAGCCAGUCACCUAUCGACGACGAUGAAGGGAAAAAGAAGAAUGCCUACAACGAGCCCGAGUCCGAGGGCGAGGAAGACGAGGAACGCGAUCUAGCACCAGCGCGGGACGAGCACAAGGUCACUGGCUUGAGCGACAAGGAAGUGCAAGAGGCGGUCGCGUAUCGCGAGCACAUGCUCAAGGCGAAGGCUGAGCCGAACGGACGCGGACGCGCGACCGCGAAGGACGACGGCGUUUCUGGAUCGCCGACGAAAGCGAUCUCGAUUCCGCCGAAGCCGAGGGCACUCUCGAUUGAUCCGUUGGCGCCGUCGUUGGCGUUCGAUACGACGUUGCGGGAUCGGCUGGAGGGCGAGCGGAAAGCGGCGAGCAUGCGGGGGAACCCGGAUGAGGAGGGUGACGAUGAUAAUGAGGAACACGCGGACCGCGCUGAGGACGAGGACGAGGAAGACGAUCCGUUGAUACCCACCAGGUUUGACGAGAGGCAGCUCUCGAGAGACGUUCGUGCACCUCCGGGAAAACGGAUUUCAGUUCCGGUCCGGAUCGAGCCCAAGGUGUAUUUUGCCGCUGAGCGGACAUUCCUGAAAUGGCUUAACAACGCUGUCUUCAUUGGCACGAUCGCCACGACGCUGCUCAACUUCACCUCGCCAUACGACUCUCGGGGACUGAUUAGCGCCGCGUUGUUCACCUUCGUGGCCCUGCUCGCGAUCGCGUAUUCUGCGGCGAUAUUCGUGUUCCGCGCGUACAGGCUGCGUGCGAGACGCGCGUCGGGGAUGUACUACGACAAGUACGGCCCCACUCUGCUCUGUGCGGCGCUGUUUCUCGCGAUGGCGACGAACAUUGGGCUGCGAGUUGCGGAGAUGAUGUGAUGGAUUUAUUCGUUUAGACUUUCUUGGCACAGCCAGCAGGGACAAUCGUUCAUUCAUUCAUUGUGUAAUGUGCAUUCGGAAUGUUCCGUUCGGAUGAUCAUGAUCCAGGUUCCACGCGUGGGUAGGGCCAAUGCUGAGCAGCGAGCACUGAGCAGCGACAUGAAGGCAUGCAGAAGUGUGGAAUAAUCGUCCGUGACAGCCGCAGUGCGAAUCCACCGUGUGUUCAUAUUAUAAAUGUUCGUGCACAUCGGUCGCGAAGCGGUCGGCAAAGUCUUCAUGAUCGUGCACAAGGGGUUUGACAGAGAGCAAGACAGAUGGCCGUUCGUCGGCGAUCUUCGAUGGACAGCUUGGCUACGUGCCUCGGCGGCAAAUACACCCCGACACUUGAGGCACGCGGACUGUGUGAAGAAAUCACAGAAGAAGAUGGAUUCGUUGGAUUGGAUUGCAGAUCUUCCCGGUCGCCAGGCACUCGGCAAAGAUCAAUCCGCGAAGAAGCCCCCACCACAAAGGAUCCGAAUCCGGCAUGGGGGUCCGGGGACCUGUCAAGUGACCGGGCUCCCCCGCUGAUAGCGGAGCAGCCUGCAACCUGGAAGCAGCGAGCACAUCGCGGAAGAACCGACCAGCCAGGAACGAGAAUCAGGUGAAACACGGCAACGUAUUGACCAUCACGCUUGUGGCGUGCACAUAGGCCCUCGGACACUUGGGGGUAGCAAGGUCCAAAAUAGAGUAAAUUUGAGCGCAAAAUUUGUUUUUUCCCCUCCAUAAUAUAGCGUAAAAGUCGGCCAAAAUGUCCGUUCAUGGUCUGAAAAUAGCGUAAGAGUUGGAAAGAACCGACUGGUAUGGGGGCAAUUUUGACGGUCAUCUUAGCUCAUCUAGACUCAUCUUGGGCCAUCAAGAAAAGCAAAGGAGCCUGAGGCUUCCGAAGAGGACGACACGGAGCCAGAUGAACCCAUGAGUGGGACGAAGAAGCGUAAGGUAUCAGUGUCCUCACGGUCUCGAAAACGCGCCGCCGCGAAGCCUAGUGAGCGUUCUAAGACAUCUCGAGGUCGGGGGAAAGUGUC